UCCACCUUCUUCCCCUAACCCGGUACCUGCCAUUUGGCAUCCAUCGCGAAUUCGUUCAUCAUUUCUUCACAUUGCUUCUUUAGAGUGUGUUAGCCAAUCAUGGUAGCAUUCUUCUGUGUCGGUUUAGGUGAAUUCCUCACCUUUGCGGCCAUGGUGUUGGGUAUUCUGGUCAAUAUGGGACAAAUUUCACAAAAUAUCGUAGCACGUAACAUUUACAUUACUUCUUUGGAUACAACCGGUUUCGAGACUGCCUUGCGAACAAAUGCAAACAAUCAAAACGUAAACGUAGAUGAUAUCUUUGCAGCCAAUCAAGCAGCUCCUGAAUUGGCUGGAAAUGGUGUAAAGAAUGAAUACAAAUGGGGUUUGUACAGCUUUUGUGCCGGUGCCGAAAAUUUCAAAACAAUCGCUUGCAGUAGCAGAAAUUUCGGAUACAAAUAUCAACCUUUGAACGUUUUGCAAGCCGAUAUCAGCUCACAAUACCGUUCAUUCGUCUCUGAAACCGUUUCUGCAUCCACAUUCCAAGAUUCAAGCUACCUAGCAAGAUUCUCAAAUGCUGCAAAUUAUAUCAUCUUUGUUGCAACUGUGGUGAUCGGAGUAUCCUUCUUGAUCGCUUUCUUGGCACACAGAUUUGCCUUUUUGAUGGGUGCCCUUUUGGCAUUGGCAGGUGCAGCUUUGUUCUUUGUCGGUGCAGCAAUUUGGACCGCUAUUAUCUACAAAGUUCGUCACAGUCUUGCCGAUCAACAAAACACAUCCGGCUUGGAUGCUAAUUACGGAAAUGCAUUGUGGAUGACAUGGGCUGCUGGAGGCGCUUCAGUUUUGGCAGUGAUUCCAUUGUUGAUCUCUUGCAUCAGCGGUCGUCGUUCCAAAUACUGAUCCAUUCACCAAUGAAGACUAAAAUUUCCCCUCCCUCUGCAAAUUUAUAUCCGUCAUCUGUCUCCACUUAAUUGAAGGAAGGCGAUGAUUCUCUGAUCUCUCUCUCUUUCAUAACGGAAUCGUUUCUCAUGACCUUUACGGGAAUAUUAUCUGUCCCAUUUUUUUCGAUCUUCUACUUAAUAAGAGACUAUAAUUUGUCGUCUUUUUUGAUCGUAUACGUUUUAUGUAUCUUUUUCUUCCUUUGAAUGUCACAAUUUCACAUAAAAGUCCACUU